AUGGAACCCAGGAACGGCACGAGUUCUGGAAGUGUGACGCCAUUGCUACCAGACGAGGCCCAGUUCUACAUCAACAUUUGGCUUGUCAUCGUCGCCCGUACGUCACUCGCCGCCUUCGGUGUGGCCUCCAACAUGGUUAACCUGACCGUCUUCCUGCGCCUGGGUCUGAAGGAACGGGUCAACCUGACCCUCUUCUGCCUCUCCGUCUGUGACGCGGCAACCUGUCUUUGCACGGCCGUCGUGGCAGCAAACUAUGUCCUGGUGUUCCGGAACUUUCGAGAAGGUAUCGACCCUUCCACCCUCGUCCUCUUCUUCUCCUGGUUUCGUUGCCUGUUCGCAGACGUGGCGACGUCAUUGACGGUUUUCAUCUCCAUCGAGCGUUGCUUCUGCAUCACCAGCCCUUUCGUCUUCAACGCCAAGUUCAGCGUUACAAAAACACGAACAGCUUUAGUACUGAUAAUUCUAUUUAUAGUCAUCAACUACAUUCCGCUGUACGGAAGUUUUAAACUCGAACAAACAAUUGAUAUAUCAAGUAAUACAACCAUAACAACUUUCGCCGUCACGGAGUUCUAUUUAAAGAUAACCAUGUACAACGAUUACGUAUUGGGUAUUUUCCUGGCUAUAAUUUGCCUCAUCGCCGUCUUCGUGUGUGCGGUGCUUAUGCAAAUCGGUCUCAGAAAAUCUUCAGAGUUUCGCAACAACGCUGUUAACGAUUUCAAGAUUUCGGCCUCCGAAGUUUCGGGAAAAUCCAGAAAAAACGGGUAUUCCAGACAAGAUAGAAAAAUAGUGCGAAUGGUGUUAACAUUAGCUUGUCUAUAUAUGACGACAGCUUUGCCACAGAUCGCGAUUUCUUUGGCUAAAGUUAUGUUCCCUGAAUUAUACAGCAGUGCCCUGAUAAAUAUUUACUACACAGUAAUGGGCGUGGGGCAUAUUUUUCUCAUAGCCAACGGGUCGCUCACCAUCUUCAUUUAUUACGCUUACAACUCCAGUUAUAGAGGUGUGUUCAAGAACAAAUUUUUCUGA